GGCCAGCAGUCGGCCCGCUGCACUGACAGGUGACCCGCAGGCCCUGGCCCUGCUGCCCGGUCCGCUCCCAGCCCCCUUCCCGCCUCUCCCCGUGGAGACCCGGCUCCCGGCCCUUCCGCUUCUGCCGCCUGGAGGCGGAGGCGGAGCUGCGUCUCCAGGCGCGUCCCCAGGACACAAUGGACAUCGAGGAUGUGGCUGUGGUCUUUAGUCAGGAAGAGUGGGCUUUGCUGAAUCUUGCUCAGAAGAAACUCUACAGAGAUGUGAUGAUGGAAACCUUAAAAAAUUUGACCUCAGUAGUCUCUCACAAUGUUAAUGAUGGAGAAAGGUCAUUCAGUGAACACAUGCUGAUGAAAUUAAUGAAGAGUAACUGCGGGUACUCCAUGUUAGAAAGAAUCUCUGAAUUGGAUGGCAGUGAUCAGUUUGGAAACCAAAUGGAAUAUUUGAGAAAGCAUACAGUUGAGAAUCUAUUUGAAAGUAAUGAAGACAAUCACUGUGGGGAAAUCUUCAACCAGAUUCCAGAUUUUACUUUGCUAAAAGAAAAUCUUGCAGAAGUAUAUAAUUUUGAAUGCUGUGGAUGUAGAAAAGACUCCAUGGAAUACUCAUCACAUAAGAAUUUUAACAGAUUUCACACUACAUGCAAUACCUGUCAGCAUAAGGAUUGUGAUGAAGCCUUCAUUUGUCCCUCUCACCUAACCACUCCUGUGAAAAUUCUUGAUGGAAAGAUAUGCCAGAAAUGUAAACCUUUUGGUAAGAUCUUCUAUAACGCUACAUUUAAGAAUCCUUUGAUAUCACUCAUUAGUGAGAAACUCUCUGAUUGUAGCAAAUGUGAGAAAGAUUUCUGUAUUUUUUCAUUGUUUAGGACAAACAUCAGAGGGCAUAUACAUGAACAUGAAGAAUCUUGUAGGGCCUACAGUCCUUUAUCCCUCAUUUCAAACAAAAAAAUUCCCAACAGACAUAUGCCUUAUGAAUGUAAAGAAUGUGGGAAAGCCUGUAGGCGUUCCUCACACGGCAUUACACAUAUAAGAACUCAUAGUGGAGAGAGACAUUAUGAAUGUAAGCAGUGUGGGAAAGCUUUUUGUUGUUCCUCAGUACUUAUAAGUCAUAUAGGAACUCACAAUGGACAGAGACAUUUUGAAUGUAAGAAAAGUGGGAAAGCCUUUAGAAAGGCCUCACUCCUCACUAGACUUAUAAGAACUCAAACUGGAGAGAGACUUCAUGAAUGUAAGGAAUGUGGGAAAACUUUCAGUCAAAAGCCCAAUCUCACUAAACAUAUAAGAACUCAUAGCGGGGAGAGGCCUUAUAAAUGUGAAGAAUGUGGGAAAGCAUUUUGUCAAGACACACAUCUCGCUAAACAUACAAAAACUCACAGUGGAGUAAAGCCAUAUAAAUGUAAGGAAUGUGGGAAAGCCUUUCGCGAUUCCUCAGCCCUCAUUACACAUAUUAGAACUCAUAGCGGAGAGAGGCCCUAUGAAUGUAAUGAAUGUGGGAAAGCAUUUGCACAGCCCUCAGGACUCUCUAGGCAUAAAAGGACUCACAGUGGAGAGAGGCCUUAUGAUUGUAAGGAAUGUGGGAAAACCUUUAGGGAUUCCUCUGCCCUGACUAAACAUGUAAGAACUCACAGUGGAGAGAAACCUUAUAAAUGUAAGCAUUGUGGGAAAGCCUUUAUUUGCUCCUCAGCCCUCACUAAACAUAUAAGAAUUCACACAGGAGAGAGGCCCUAUAAAUGUAAGGAAUGUGGGAAAGCUUUUAAGCAGCUCUCUGCUCUUGUUAAGCAUAUAAGAAUUCACACUGGAGAGAGACCCUAUAAAUGUAAAGAAUGUGGAAAAGCUUUUAAGCAACCUUCUGCUCUCACUCGACAUAUUGGAACUCACACUGGAGAGGACCCUUAUGAAUGUAAAGAAUGUGGGAACGCCUUUAAGCAGCUUUCUGAUCUUGCUAGACACAUUAGAACUCACAGUGGCCAGACCUCAUGAAUGUAAAGAAUGUGGGAAAGCAUUUAAGAUUUCUUUACACCUCAAAAUGUGGUGAAGAAAGCAGAUGGUGCCCAAUUAUGAAAGAAUAGUGUUUGGGGCCUUACAGGAUUUUCUUAAA